UAACUAAUAGGCUCCGCCUACUUUCUCGAACUAGUACAUAUACGGUUCGUCGUUAGUAAAACAAUAGUCAUUUGGACGAGACGCGUGCUGAAAACAUGUAUCCAUACCCUUACGAAUUAGUUAGCGAAUCUGCUGGAAGAAUGCGGAGAUCUUAUGUUCCCCACUCGGAUCGAUCUUCAACAUCCGUUAUUAAAAGAAAUGAAAGAGAGCGUAAAAGGAUGGAAAGCUUGAAUGGCGCUUUUAAAGACCUUCAAAGAAGGAUCCCUCUAUUGAAAAGAGCGGAAAAGAGGAUACCAAAAGAGAAAAUACUUAGAGGAGCUAUUGCUUAUAUAAAUCAUUUAUCGGAUAUUCUCAGGGACGGUCAAAAUAUUACAGUUGAUGAAAAUGCUCCAGGACUCGGAGAAUGGUGUAGCAGGAAGCGAAAAACUAGUGACGAAGAAAGCAUAUUUGAUUUAAAAAAUUUUGGAGCCAGCGAAGAAACUAUUCGUUUUAUAGAAUCUUUAGCAGAAGUAUCGCCGAACCAAUGUCAUUUCGAUCGUUUCUCACCUUCUUGAUUAAUUGAUUACUAUGAAGAAAAAAAAACUGAUUAAUUAAAAGAAACAUACCGCCCACUAUCGUUCUAGUCUUGAUAAAAACUUGUUCGUAUUUAUGUUUGUGUUUUGCCUCCUGUAACGAGAUUAU